GAUCCUCGGGUGAAUAAUUGGCCAAUGAUGUCUAGUCCUGUUCCCACCAUCCUGAUAUGUAUUUUCUAUGCAUACUUCUCCAAAGUGUUGGGACCGAGGCUAAUGGAAAAUAGGAAACCAUUAGACCUCAGGAAUCUUCUAAUAGUUUACAAUCUAGUACAAACUAUAUUUAGCGCGUGGAUAUUUUAUGAAUAUCUGAUGAGUGGAUGGUGGGGUAGCUAUAGCUUCAGGUGUCAACCUGUAGAUUAUUCAAAUAGCCCAAUGGCAAUGAGGAUGGCGAAUACCUGUUGGUGGUAUUAUUUCUCGAAAUUCACCGAAUUUUUUGAUACCAUGUUCUUCAUCUUAAGGAAGAAAAAUAGUCACGUAUCAACGCUACACGUUAUCCACCAUGGAUGUAUGCCUUUUUCGGUAUGGAUGGGAAUGAAAUUUGCUCCAGGCGGUCACAGUACUUUCUUCGCACUGCUCAAUACUUUCGUUCACAUAGUCAUGUAUUUCUACUAUAUGGUUGCUGCUAUGGGACCCAAGUACCAAAAAUACAUCUGGUGGAAAAAAUACCUCACCUCUUUCCAAAUGCUGCAAUUCGUAGCAAUUUUCACCCACCAGUUCCAACUUCUCUUCACGGAAUGCAACUAUCCAAAAGGCUUCAUGGUAUGGAUUGCCCUUCAUGGAGUUAUGUUUUUGUUCCUCUUCUCUGACUUUUAUAAAGUCAAAUACUCCAAUCAGAGGAAGGCUGUGAGAAAUAGCAACAAUGGCGCUUGUAUGCCUUUGGACGAUGAAAAGUCAAACGGUGUCCAAAAAUCAAACAGUAAUGGCACACUCAACAAUACCUACAUCAAGAGUGAAUAUUCUGAUUCUUAUGAAGCAUGUUACUCCAAUGGAAGUACAAAAGGAUUCGUAACACAGACUAUAACAAAGCCCAAUAGCAAAAAAAUCGAAUAGGGGAAGUGGAAAAGAACUUUUUUUUUUUUGGUGUUUUCGAAAAUUAGUAUACCAAUAUUUAUUAUACGAUUUUAUUUGUGUCUUAAUUCUUUCCAAAAACUUUUGA